AGAACUCUGUUCGUACAGUUCAUUUGAUCACUCACACCGCAAUAAAAGGCCGUGGCUCACCUCAUUCUACUCACACGACCUCCAGCUUAACAAUGCCGGCUGAUUUCAAUGGAACGUGGGAGAUGGUCAGCAAUGACAACUUUGAGGAUGUCAUGAAGGCUCUGGACAUUGACUUUGCCACCCGUAAGAUCGCAGUGCAUCUCAAGCAGACUAAGGUCAUUGUGCAGAACGGAGACAAAUUUGAGACCAAAACACUCAGCACCUUCAGAAACUAUGAGGUCGACUUCACCAUCGGCGAGGAGUUUGAGGAGCACACAAAAGCCCUGGAUAACAGAGUUGUUAAGACCCUUGUGAUAUGGGAUGGUGAUAAACUGGUGUGUGUGCAAAAGGGAGAAAAGGAGAACCGCGGCUGGAGGCAAUGGAUUGAAGGAGACCUGCUUCACUUGGACAUCUACUGUGAGGACAAACUCUGCCAUCAAGUCUUCAAGAAGAAAAACUAAUGCUCCAUAAAUAACUGGAUAUUCCCAUCUGGGUUUGGUGUUGUGCUGUGUAUAUUUAUUAAAUCAAUUUUAAUGAACAGCUUCAACCAAAUACACUCAUUUGGUGCUCCAUGUUUGAGAAUUUCAGUGUAGCAAAUAAAGGUUUCUGAUAAUCUCAAUGUUAAUUAAUAAUUAAUAAUAACUCCCAUCAAAAGGUGUAUAAUGCAAUUUAAUGAUAGGUCUGUUUUAUUGAGACCAGUAUAUCAAAGUUCAUAUGAUUCAUAUCGUUUGAUUUAGCAAGAAAUGGGUGUGGAUGCACUAUUUCGGACCAAGUCAUACUAUAUGAAUGUAAACUUGACCCUCUCAAAUGUGAUUUGGCUAGGCAAAGGAUAAUAUUUGAUACGGAAUAUAAACAUAUAUAUUUU